AUGCCCCUGAGGGACCCUCUUCAGAUGGUCAACGUGCCGUGGAGGAUUAAUAACUCCAGCCUUUUUAACAAAGACCCUCCUCUUUCUGAACAAGGAGAGACUCUCAUUGGAGUUUACCUGCUCAUACUAGGCUGGCUCUCAUGGUUUGGCAACAGCAUUGUGAUCUUUGUCCUCUACAAGCAAAGAGCAUCUCUCCAGCCCACAGACUACCUCACCUUCAACCUGGCCGUCUCGGACGCCAGCAUCUCCGUGUUCGGCUACUCGCGGGGCAUCCUGGAGAUCUUCAACAUCUUCCAAGACGACGGAUUUCUGAUCACGUCGAUCUGGACGUGCCAGGUGGACGGCUUCCUCACGCUGCUCUUCGGCCUGGCCAGCAUUAACACCUUGACCAUUAUCAGCAUCACCAGGUAUAUCAAAGGAUGCCACCCAGCACAAGCCCACUGCAUCAACAAGAAGAACAUCCUGGGCUCCCUGGCCUUCAUCUGGGUCACAGCAGUCUUCUGGUCAGGGGCUCCACUGCUGGGCUGGGGCAGCUACACAGACCGUGGGUAUGGGACCUGUGAGGUGGACUGGGCCAAGGCCACCUACUCCACCAUCUACAAAUCCUACAUCAUCUCCAUCCUCAUCUGUUGCUUCUUUGUCCCGGUGCUGGUGAUGCUCUUCUCCUACGUGUCCAUCAUUAACAUGGUGAAAAAAAGUAACAACAUAGCUGAAGGUUACCUGACCAACAGGCAGAGGAAGGUGGAGAAGGACGUCACCAGAGUUUCCAUCGUCAUCUGCACGGCCUUUAUCCUGGCCUGGUCGCCAUACGCAGUGGUCUCCCUGUGGUCGGCCUGGGGCUUCCACGUACCGGGACUCACCAGCAUCUUCACACGCCUGGUCGCCAAGUCUGCCAGCUUCUACAACCCGCUCAUCUACUUUGGCAUGAGCCCCAAGUUCCGCAGGGACGUGUGCAUGCUGCUGCCGUGCUUCCGCGAGACCAACGACACCGUCCGCCUCAAGCGCUUCCGCCACCUAAGGCCCAAGGGCGACUCAGCAGCGCCAGCCCGCCGCCACAAGGAGAAGAAAUACCGGGAGUCACAGGAGCAGCUGAACCCGAUGCCAGACUUAGAGCUGGAGCCACACUGCCAACCCCUCACCGCUCCCCCCGUCAACAAUGGCAUCUUCUUCAUCCCCCCACCCUUGCCCUCAGAAACGCCGGAAUUUGAGAGCGAUCGGCUUUAAGGACUUUUAACAUGUACAUACUCUUGUACGUGUAGUUUGGUGUAGUAAUAAAACCGGAAAGAACCGGACUCUCAAAAUGGUACCGAAUUUUUGUUAUGGUGACACCAUGAGUAAAGACAUGAGACUUGACCCUACAAAGUGAUGGGCUCAUUUGUUUCUACACCUCCCGCUCGUGCUAUGUGCUCAAAUCAGAAACAUUCAAGACAUGACCCACAGAACUCCAGAGCGGUCCAGAACCAGCAGUAGACCAAUGAGCCCAGG